UUAAGUCCAUCAAGCUCUUCUUGAAGUCCAUGUUACCAAACUAGUGUGUUUACGAAUUUCUCGUGCAUGAUUUAUCAAAAUAGAAUUGUGAAUUUUAUUAGUUUCGGUUUAAUUAUUUAAAACAUGUGAACAAUUGUUUUGUGAUUUGAAUUUUUAUGAAUUGUUGAGCAGCAGAAUGGAUCAAAAAAGUAUUAAAAGAGGAAAAGUAUGUUGUAAUCCCUUUUCGAUACAUGGUCGAAGAAAACAUAACCUCUGCGGAAUAACACCAGUUUUGUGUAAACGUUUCGCUUUCUUAAAUGGCCAUAAAAAUAUUUGUUCAAGUUGCAGAACUACUUGUUAUGAUAGGGAACGAAAAAAUCGUGUUAAAAAUUUGGAGAAUGUUUCUGAUGAAUUUCAGUCCAAUUCUGUUUUGGCAGAAAACCAUUCUCAUACUUCUAUGGAUGAAUUUCAACAAGUUUUGAAAAAUCCCGAAGAAGUAGAAGCGGAAGAAAUACAUUUUAAAAGAAAAGAAAAUAUCAGUUCUGCAUUGGGGACUCUAUUUAAAGAAUUUCAUUUGAAACCGGUUGAUUCCAUAGAUUUGUCAGUUCCAGGAGCCGCGGAAAAAAAAUUUGAUGUUUUAAUAGAAGAAAUAAAAAAAUUUUUCAUAAAAGAUUACAAGUUCGAUUCUACUGAAAAAUGCAGAUAAGAUUUAAUUAUUAACAGUAUUGACAAUUUCCUGGACAGCGAGACAAAUAGCAAAAUAAAUUGCUCCAAUAUUUAACAAGUGAAGCUAAACAGCUGCAACUAGAGCAUGGAAUUUUUACACGUCCAGAACCAAAACACAAUUCUUUGCGCUUAUCAGACUUAUCUCCAUCAAAGGGAAUGGAUUAAAAUUACAAUUUCAAAAACGUAUGAUUUUAUACAAUCUGAACAAUAACUGUCAAAACAGUUGUAAUCUCCAAUCAAAUACAUCUAAUUGCUUGUGUAAAUAUUUAUAAUAUUGUAAUAAAAAGAUGGUUGUAAUAAAAAGAUCUGUUCUUCA